GAAAACGAAAACGGAAGCGUCUUGUCUUACACUUUGAGAUACCACAUCAUCAGCAACUCUACAAAUGUCGAUUGUGUUGUUUUCACCUUGUGACGUUUGAAGUUGAGGAGUGAGGACCGUUUGAUGUCAACUGUUUUGGCGCCUGAAACUGCAAGCAACGCCGCUGAAAAAGGCUCAGAACAAUGCAAGCAAAGCCACCCUCCUCUAUCAUACAAUCUUCUUGGAAGUUAAGAGGAAGAACACAAACAGCUGGGAUUUGGAUUUGGAACUAAACUCUUAGAGAGGAGAUAAUGGCAGAGGGAGUGAUUAAGAUUUCAGAAGCUGAAGAAGCUCCCUACCUUCCUCUCUCAGAUUACGACUUCUCUAACAAUGAUUCUCGCUUGAUUCAGCUCGGAUACAAGCCAAAGCUCAAUCGCCGCCUCGGGGUGAUUUCGAAUUUUGCGUUCUCGUUUUCGAUUAUAUCGGUGCUUACAGGGAUAACUACCCUUUACAAUACUGGGCUUACUUAUGGUGGCCCUGUUGUUAUGACUUAUGGGUGGUUGAUUGCUGGUUUCUUCACCAUGACUGUUGGGUUAUCGAUGGCUGAGAUAUGCGCCUCUUACCCAACCUCAGGUGGUCUCUAUUACUGGAGUGCUAAGCUUGCUGGCAAGGAUUGGGCGCCCUUUGCCUCAUGGUUGACUGGAUGGUUCAACAUUGUUGGUCAGUGGGCUGUCACAACAAGCGUGGAUUUCUCGCUGGCGCAACUAAUUCAAGUGAUUAUUCUACUUAGCACAGGGGGAAUGAAUGGUGGUGGAUAUCGGGCUUCUAAAUAUAUAGUUAUCAUCAUCCAUGGUGGAAUUCUACUUGUUCAUGCUGUCAUAAAUAGCCUUUCUAUAUCAGUUUUAUCCUUUUUUGGUCAAAUUGCUGCUGCAUGGAAUAUCUUAGGUGUUUUUCUCCUUAUGAUUCUCAUUCCAACUGUUGCAACUGAGAGGGCUAGUACCAAAUUUGUUUUUACUCACUUCAACGCGGAUAAUGGAGAGGGAAUCAACAGCAAAGUUUACAUAUUUGUUCUUGGACUCCUGAUGAGCCAGUACACCCUAACUGGGUAUGAUGCCUCUGCACAUAUGACAGAGGAGACAAAGGAUGCAGAUAAGAAUGGACCGAAGGGAAUAAUAAGUGCAAUAGGCGUAUCCAUUGUUGUUGGAUGGGCUUUCCUACUUGGUAUCACAUUUGCAGUAACAAACAUCCCUUACCUUUUGAGCAGUGACAACGAUGCUGGUGGUUAUGCCAUUGCGCAAGUGUUCUAUCAAGCUUUCAAGAAUAGAUAUGGCAGUGGAGUUGGGGGAAUUGUAUGCUUGGGAGUGGUUUCUGUUGCCAUAUUUUUCUGUGGCAUGAGUUCUAUGACAAGUAACUCCAGGAUGGCUUAUGCAUUCUCAAGAGAUGGAGCUAUGCCCUUUUCAUCAGUGUGGCAUGAAGUGAACAAGCAAGAGGUCCCACUAUAUGCAGUUUGGCUCUCUGCACUUGUCUCAUUUUGCAUGGCAUUACCGUCUCUCGGAAGCUUGGUGGCAUUUCAAGCAAUGGUGUCAAUUGCAACCAUUGGACUCUAUAUUGCCUAUGCGCUACCAAUCUUCUUUAGGGUGACAUUGGCCCGCAAAACUUUUGUUCCAGGACCCUUCAACUUGGGACGAUAUGGAAUCCUUGUGGGCUGGAUUGCAGUUCUUUGGGUAUCAACAAUCACUGUCCUUUUCUCUUUGCCUGUAGCAUAUCCCAUUACGAAGGACACUCUUAACUACACUCCUGUUGCGGUUGGUGGCCUCCUUUUUCUCACUGUUUCAUCUUGGAUCAUCAGUGCUCGGCAUUGGUUCAAGGGUCCCAUCACCAACUUAGAUAUAUGAAACAAAAAGCACUAACAUGUUGAAUCACAAUUCUCAGAAUCUUAAGUGACACAUGGGAGUAUGUCCUCUUCUGCUACAACUAUUAUUUUCUUACAUGCUAAAGAUAUCAGUCAGUACGCAAUGACUGUCAUGUUGGGUUUUAUAUCACAGCCAUGGACACCUAAAGUUCAAUCUUGUAGAUCGGGAAUUAGCAAUAGGAGGUAGUCCUAAUACUCUCUGAUUAACUGCUCUUCAUUUUGGAUUCCUGGUGGGAUUUGGACUUUGGGAGAAGCACCAGUUUGUUCACUUUGUCAUCACUUGUUUCAUUUUUAUGUUCAUAAGCCAGUGAAGGUAUUACACAGAAUAUGAAGUUUUUCCUUUUCUUUCACUUUUUUAGUACUUAAAUAUAAGUCAUUAAACAUUCAUGUUUGACCGUAUAUUCACAUAUCAGUUACAAUUUGUAAAUGUACAUAUUCAAGAAGAUGAGAAAGGCCAUGAUGCAAAAUGCUUCAAUAUUUUCCUUCUCUCUUGUAAAUUUUCUGUUGUACUUAUUCCCCAGUUGAUUGUAAUAUAGCCGUUAAUACAGCAAUUUUCCUAUGGGAGGAA